AAGGGCGAGUCUGUUCCAUAUAAGGAUCUGUUGUGACGAAUUUAUUUUCUCACUUUUGUUUAACUAGCAGUCUUGUCGCUGCACGGCACACGCCUCAAAAAUCCAGCGAAGAAAGAGAUUGUGGCUACGAGAGGGGAAAGGGUUCUGCUUCAGUCUUUUACUUCAGAAGCGACUGACCGCAGCAGCAGCAGCAGCAGCAUUGAUCCGAAAUCAGAGAAGAAUCUAACAGGCUGCAGAAGCGGCUAAACUGGGAGACUGGGAGUGGAAGCUGGCACCUGCCUGCAGAGAGACUCGGCUCCUUCAGGAAAGUCUGAGGCUUCAAUCCUGUCCCUUGAGAGAGAGAAGGCCCGAAGUGUGUAGACUGGAGAAGCUAUCCAGCAAGUCACUGAUCACAUUAUAAUAAGGGCUGCGUUAAUAAGGGAUUGAUUAGUUCAUCACUUCGUGGAUAGAUCACGUUAUUAAUUAAUUAAAUAGUCAGAAUAGGUGAUUUAGUGUAUUAAAAAAUACAACGCAAAGAUGCCUGUGAUCAGCCCCACGUUCAGCUCGUCUCCGCUGCUCUACGUGCGCCUGGCAGCCGUGCUCUUCACCUGCGUGACGUUCAGCCUGGUGGUGCACUGCGGGGCUUACGGCGGUCGCUCGGGGGACUGGUGUCUGUUCUGCUGGUGCUUCAGCUUCGCGGGUAGCCUGGUCGUGCUGCUGGUGGAGCUGCUGGGGCUGCAGAGCCGGGCGCCCGUCUCUUGGCGCAACUUCCCCAUCACCUUCGCCACAUACGCAGCGCUGUUCUGUCUCUCCGCCUCUAUCAUCUACCCACUUUACUUCCUGAAGGGCCAGCAUGGCUCUGACAGGGACUACCGCAUCGCUGCCUCAGUGUUCUCCUGCCUGGCGACGCUGGCGUACAUGGUGGAGGUGUCUCUGAGCCGGGCUCGGCCCGGGGAGGUGGCAGGGUACAUGGCCACCGCGCCGGGGCUGCUGAAAGUGUGCGAGACCUUCGUGGCGUGCGUGAUCUUCGUGUUCCUGGACCAAUCCUACGAGCGCCACGGCGCUCUGAAGUGGUGCCUGGCGGUGUACUGCGUCUGCUUCAUCCUGUCGGCCGCGGUGAUCGUGCUGUGCGUGGGCGAGUGCACCGGCUGGCUGCCCUUCCCCUUCAACCGCUUCCUGAGUGCCUACGCCCUGCUGGCGGUGCUCCUGUACGGCACGGCCACCAUCAUCUGGCCCGUCUUCAACUUCGACAGCAACCACCUGGCUACGCGGCGCGGCCCCUACUGCGGGCAGGGCCACACCCUCUGCUUCUGGGAGAAGCUCGUCGCCGUCUCCGCUCUCACCGGACUCAACUUCCUGCUCUACCUCGCUGACCUCGUCUACUCGGCUAGGCUGGUCUUUAUCAAGGUUUAGAAGGAAAACGAACCCUUAUAAAAGUGUCCCACGGUAAAAGCACAGCGAAAUGUAAUAAUGCAUGGUAAGCAAUCGGGAAGCAUUGUAAAGCACAGAGAGGUCUGGUAAAAACAAGCCAUGGUAAACUAUGAUUAAUGCAUUGUAUAGGCAUGGGGGCAAAACUGCAAAAUGACUGUGAAUUUACCGCGGUACACUUUUAAAAGGAAUAUAAGAAACGGAGUCAAGCGUUUCAGCUCAUGCCUUGGUCAGGGUACUGCUGGACUCUGUGUCUUGCAGGUUUGCUUUAGUUCUGGACAAUUCUAAUCACAUAUGAGACUCAGUUAUGGAUUUUGUGUGAGUUGUAUUUUAUUGUCCUGUGCAGAGAACAUCCAGUUCUAAAGUAAAAGCAGCACGUAUUUGUUUAAUAAACUUGCUUACUGCCGUGUAAUAAGGUGAAGCCUCGCUGGCUUGCACCUAGAGCUGUCUGCUUGAAGUUAAAAAAAAAAAAAAAAAAAAAAGUGCCUCUUCUGUAUUACAAACAAACCAAAUUCUGAUUGUCUUUAAAAUAUGUUACAGUGAUCAUAGCAAAUAAAAUCAUUCCCUGAAUCUGACCUGUCCUGCACUUCCAUGCACGGCACACUCCUCAGAUGUGCAGGUUUGAAAGAUGGUAGAGCAAACACGGAUUUUCAUGUGAUAUCUGCUCCUACACUGAGUUAAAGAAAGUUCCCACUUUCCAUGCCUUACUCACAGGAAAUGUGUUACACUCUGUCUGAAAGCGUGUCAGUCAGCAGGGGAAGCAGCAGCUGAUUGGUUAAUGAAAGAAGCCGUUGAAGGGGUGUAAUUUCACCCUCCAGGGUGACCAAGGAAGUGCAGUGUGAUCUGAAAGCAUGGCAAAGAGAUUUGUUUUUUAUCCAAUGGUGAAAGAAACCUGCCCAUUUGAGGCAUGUGUAGCGGAUGGAAGUGCAGGACAGGUCAGCUUCAGGGAAUUAUUAUGUCAGCAAAGAACUUGUUUUCAAUUUUUUUCCCCUGUUUUUUCUAAUGCUUUCUAGUUAGACCACUUUGCAACAGCGCUGCUGAGAUUGUGGAACUCAAGUAUUAUUGCACUGGCUCAUAUAUGCAAUGUAUUCAAUGAUAGUAUAUGAUAUCUAUAAUAUACGCUGUAUGUUUCUGUGAUGAAUAUGAAUCGUUUUGUGUUUAUAUCUGUGUAUCUUUACCAAGAACAGUAUUACUGUAAACUGCUACAUGAAAUAAAGCAAAUAGUAAUAAAAAAAUAA